AUGUCCAUUGAUGAGUUUAUCAAGGCUACAAAAGACAGACUGAUGAGAGUCGACGUAUUACAUCUAUCUCCACCCUGUCAAUACUUCUCGCCGGCACAUACACACCAAUCCGUCCACGAUGAAGCCAACAUUUAUGCCCUCUUUGCGUGCAGUGAAUUGAUCAACAAGCUACGACCACGCCUGAUUACCCUCGAGCAGACGUUUGGUAUAACACAUGAACGACACUACCAAUAUCUGAAAGCUUUGAUUGGAGACUACACUCAACUUGGUUACUCUGUGAGGUGGAAAGUCGUCCGACUCUGUACCUGGGGUUUAGCACAAGAUAGAAAACGACUUAUUAUCCUUGCGGCCGCCCCGGGAGAAAACUUGCCCCCUUUCCCCAAAGAUACGCAUUCCGUGAAUGGGGCUGGUGGCCUGGAGCCAUUUACAACUAUUGGAAAAGCAAUUGGCUCUAUUCACGUUGGUGACGAUCUACACAACCUCGACAGCGUCAAGUAUUAUCGGCCCCGUCGCGCGCCGCUUGACCCAAAUCGUCUGGCAGGUACAAUCACAACAGGAGGCAGCGAAAUGUACUAUCCGGACGGAUCAAGAGACUUUACUCUCCGCGAGUAUGCCUGCAUUCAGGGAUUCCCAAAACACCACAAGUUCAUUGGGUCAAAAACGUGUAUCAGGAGACAAAUCGGCAAUGCGUUUCCUCCCAAUACGGUUCGGGUGCUGUACCAACACCUGGAGGAUUGGCUUCUGCAGCAAGAUGGAAUGACACGAUAUCAGUCAAUACCCGACAACGUCUUCAUUGUCGACGACUCUGACGACGACGACUCUGACGAAUAUUUGCGCUGGCAAACAUCCUCAGGGGCACCUUCAUCUCCAGAAAUAGAUGAAGAUAUCAUGGAAAUUGCUUGUCCACGGGAAAGGCGUCGGGGCAUUCUCCACAGAGGUAGCCCCUUUAUUGAUCUCACAUGA